UUGCAGCCAAUCAGAAGAGCGCCUGGGUGUCAUGUGAUUAUUUCAGGAAGAUAUGCAGUUGCUGCAAGCCAGAUUGUAAGAAGAUAUAAGUUCUGACUAGGCAAGUUUUAAAAAAAACGUUGAGUAAUAAAAUAAGAAGGGAAAAUGUUGAAUGUAAAAAGAGUUUUGUUGCGCUCCCGGCCAGGCAAAAACGGUCAUCCGGUUCCAGAGAAUUUUCGUGUAGAGGAGAUUAGGAAAUCCCCCGAGUUGAAACAAGGACAAGUGUUAGUUCGGACACUUUAUCUCUCAGUUGACCCUUACAUGCGCUGUCGCAUGAACGAUGAUACUGGAGCGGACUACCUGUUGCCAUGGAAAUUAGAUGAGUGUGUGGAUGGAGGUGGAGUUGGUAUAGUCGAGGCCAGCAAGAAUCAGGCAUUAUCUGUGGGCACUAUCGUCACCUCCUUCGAGUGGCAUUGGCAAACCUACGAUGUGUUGGAUGGCAGCCUUUUGCAAAAGGUUGACCCAGAGAUGGUAGAUGGUCACCUGUCAUAUGCUCUAGGAGCGGUAGGCAUGCCUGGCCUCACUGCUCUUUUAGGUGUGAGAGAGAAGGGUCAUGUGACUGCAGGAUCCCACCAGACAAUGGUCAUCAGUGGAGCAGCUGGAGCUUGUGGGUCAGUUGCUGGACAGAUUGCGAGAUUGGAUGGUUGUGAGAGAGUUGUGGGCAUUUGCGGAUCCGACCAGAAAUGCCAGACCUUGGUAACGGAGCUGGGCUUUACAGCAGGGAUAAACUACAGAAAAGGAGAUAUCAGCUCAGCGCUGAGAGAGCAGUGCCCCAAAGGCAUUGAUAUAUACUUUGACAAUGUAGGCGGUCCCAUCAGCGAUGCUGUUAUAUCACAGAUGAAUCCCGGUGGUCAUGUGAUCCUGUGCGGCCAAAUCUCACAGUACAAUAAGGAUGUGCCUUAUCCACCUCCUCUAAGUGAGGAUACCCAAGAAGCUUUGCGUCGCAACAACAUUACAAGGGAAAGAUUUAUAGUAUUGAACUACAUGGAGAAAUUUGAAGAAGGUCUUAUGCAGCUCAGCCACUGGGUAAAGAUGGGCCAGAUAAAGGUGUUGGAAACAGUUGUGAAUGGUAUAGAAAACAUGGGAGAAGCGUUCUGCUCCAUGAUGACUGGAGGCAACGUAGGUAAACAAGUUGUCAAAAUUUCAGACUGACUCAAACAAAGUGCAUCUAGAGGCCUUGUGGGAGUUGUGCGGUGUAGUCGUUAUAAAUCUGGGCUGGUAACCCAAAAGUUGGUAACCCAAAGGUUGCUAACCCAAAGGUUACUAAAAAGCACUCUAUUGUUGCCUUUUGAAAAGAUAUUUGAGGUUGCUCCAGUGGGGCUGUCCCUUUAAGUGUGCUGUAUGUCACUUUAGAUAAAGGCAUCAGAUAAACUGACGAGUUUAAAAUAAAAUUAAUUUAAAUUAAAAUUGUCCAUUUUAAACUAAAUUUAAUGUCAGUUUCCUGUAAUAUAUUGAUAGUUUAAUUAAAAAAAAGUUUGAUUAAAAGAAGUUUGUCACUAAAAACUUACAUUCUGUUAGUUUAUGAACAGAUUAUAUGUAACAGAAAUCUUAGUCUCACCAAGGCUGCAUUUAUUUGAAAAAAAAAGAAAGUAAAAAUAGCUAUAUUGCGAAAUAUUAUUUCAAUUUAAAAUAACACAUGAUCCUUCAGAAAUCAUUCUAAUAUGCUGAUUUGAUCCUCAAGAAACAUUAACUUAUUAUUUUUAAUGUUGAAAAGUUCAAAAGCUCAGCGUUUAUUUGCAAUAGAAAUCAUUUGUAACCUUAUAGAUGUCUUUACUGUCACUUUCGAUCAAUUUAAUGCAUCCCUGCUGAGUAAAAGUAUUAUUUUCUUUUAAAAAAUUCUUACUGACCCCAAACGUUUAAACAGUAGUAUAUGUGGCAGUUAUCAAGAUGGUGACAUGUUUGAAAAUAGUCUAUUAGAUUAGUUUUAUCUCUUACAAGUACAUUAAUUAUUAUAUUAUAUUAAAGACAGAUUACAAACUCUAAUACAUUUACAUGAAAAGGACACCACAAAAUAUGAAAGUCACAAUAUGAAACCCCUUUACUUUGUUAUACAGUACAUAAAUACAGCCAGAUAAAUCAAUUCCAAUGCAAGAUGAUUCAGAGGUCCAGAAAUGUGGGAAAUAUAAAUUGAGGUCAUUUUCAUGUGGAUAAACAACAUUGUCUGCUGAAUAAAGAGUUUCUUUUUGAGGUGACGCCAAUUUUUAAAAGUAAAUUCUGAAUAAGUAAAUAUGCAUUCAUCUUUCACUGAAAAGAAACUAUUUUUGUGUCUUCCACACAAAAAAAUGUGAAUAGCACUUUCUAACAUCAGUGGAAUUACAAAAGCCACAUGAUCACAGAAACAGAGAAUGCCCAUAAAACAGUGCAGAACAACUGGAAGGAAUAUACAUUACAAUAUCAAUAUGUGGAUGAAUACGUUAAAAUAAUUAAAAAAUUAAAUACAGCAUUUAAAACCAAAUCACAUAUAAGCAGAUAUUUCUUCAUCAAACAUUCAAAGUCCUAUUGGUUCACCACAAAUCUAGAUUAACAUGUACUGAGUAAAUGUGGAAUCUUCUAAAAAUGUUCGUUCUCACUAUCGUGUGCCUUAAAACUGCAACAAAACUCUUUCAAAAUAACAUUCAGGUCAUUGAAAGACAAACUAGAGCAGCCUAUUGUUCAAGUCUUUACUUUCCUGAGAGAGAACAGAGACCUUGAGUGACCCGACAAAAUAGGAAUGUCAGUGAAUCCACCAGAAACUUGUGUUACAGCUUACUCUGUCACCUGUCAAGAGGAUUAUGGGGGCAAAAAAUGACAGACCUCAAUGACAACACAAAGUUUCUUUUCAAACUAGCCCCCGAAAAUGUCAAUUGUCUUUAGGUUGUUUGUGUGGUUUGUAAUUGUGAAAAACCAACUAUAAAAGAGCUGUUUAACAACGUUUCUCUAAUAAACAUAACAGAAUUGUG